AUGUCGGGCAAGCGCUCGUCGAUGCUCGUGCCCGUGGCGGGCGCUGCCGCGACGCUGGCGGCGGUCAACUGCUUCGUGGCGCCCUCCUCGGGGCAGCCGCCGGCCCCUGCGGCGCCCCAGCUGCGCGGCAACGUGCGAGGCGUCGAGGCGGGCUCCGCCGGGACGACGGCCGCUGCCGGAGCCGUGUGCGGCGCCGCGGCGCUGGCCGUCGCGGCCUCUGCGCGGGCGGCGCCGGCGGCGCAGAAGGCCACGGCCGUCAGCACCGAGGUGGAGACCGACUGCAUCAACGCCAUCCGCUUCCUCGCAGUGGACGCCGUGAACAAGGCCAACAGCGGCCACCCGGGAGCCAGGGCUCCCAUCGGCUACGUGCUGUUCGCCGAGGAGAUGAACUUCAACCCCGCGGACCCCGCGUGGGUGAACCGCGACCGCUUCGUGCUCUCCUCUGGCCACGGCUGCAUGUUCCAGUACUCAAGCGUCUCCAUGGACGACCUGAAGCAAUUCAGGCAGUGGGGCUCCAAGACGCCGGGCCACCCCGAGAACUUCGAGACUGCGGGCAUCGAGGUCACCACGGGCCCGCUCGGCAUGGGUGUAUCCAACGCUGUGGGCCUCGCGGCUGCCGAGGCGCACAAUGCCGCCGUCUACAACAAGCCUGGCUUGCCCCUGAUCGACCACUACACGUACUGCAUCAUGGGUGACGGCUGCUGCCAGGAGGGGAUCUCCCACGAGUCCUGCGCAUAUGCUGGCCAUCUCGGCCUCGGCAAGCUCAUCGUCUUCUACGACGACAACGGGAUCACCAUCGACGGCCACACGGAGCUCUCCUUCACCGAGGAUGUGGGCAUGCGCUACGAGGCGUACGGAUGGCAGGUGCUGACGGUUGAGGAUGGCAACACCGACGUGGCUGCCCUCCGCAAGGCCAUCGCUGAUGCCAAGGCGUGCACCGACAAGCCCACCCUGAUCAAGGUGAAGACGGUGAUCGGGUACGGCUCGCCGAACAAGGCCGACAGCCACGACGCCCACGGCGCGCCCCUGGGCUCGGACGAGGCCACCGCGACCCGCGAGCAGCUCGGCUACAAGUACGGCGAGUUUGAGGUGCCGCAGAGCGUCUACGACGUCUUCCGUGCCCACGCGGCCGAGGGCGCCAAGAAGCAGGAGGAGUGGAACGCCCUGUGGGCCAGGUACCAGGAGGCGGAGCCCGAGCUGGCCGCGCAGUUCAAGCGCAUCGCCAUCGACAAGGAGCUCCCCGAAGGCUGGGCCGACUGCCUGCCCAAGGUGACGCCCGAGGAUAGCGGCAAGGCCACGCGCCUGUGGUCCCAGGAUUGCCUGAACGCGCUGGCCAGCACCUGCCCCGAGCUCAUCGGCGGGUCCGCGGACCUGGCACCCUCGAACAUGACGCUGAUGAAGUGCACGGGUGACUUCCUGAAGGGCUCCUACGAGGGCCGCAACAUGCGGUUUGGAAUCCGCGAGUUCGGCAUGGGCGCCGUGUCGAACGCCAUCUCCCUGGACAAGACCGGCUUGGUGCCGUACUGCGCCACCUUCACCAUCUUCAGCGACUACAUGCGCAACGCGAUCCGCAUCGCCGCCCUGGCGCAGGCCGGCACCAUCUUCGUCACCACCCACGACUCCAUCGCGGUGGGCGAGGAUGGCCCCACGCACCAACCCAUCGAGACCGUCCCAUCCCUGCGCAUGAUCCCGGGGCUGACCGUCAUACGUCCAGCUGACGGCAACGAGACAUCGGGCGCGUACAAAGUCGCUUUCGAGUUGUCCAAGUACAAGUCCAUGCCCACCUUCAUGGCCCUGACCCGCCAGGCGUUGCCGAACCUGCCGAACUCCUCCAUCGCCAACGUGGAGAAGGGCGCAUACGCCGUGGUCGAGGAAGCGGACCCAGAGCUCAUCCUCAUCGGCACUGGCUCCGAGGUCAGCCUGUGCGUGGAUGCCGCAAAGGAGCUGGGCAAGAAGGUGCGCGUGGUGUCUAUGCCCUCGUGGGAGCUCUUCCGCGACCAGCCGCUGAGCUACAAGAACAACUUGCUGCCCAAAGACGUGCCCAAGCUGAGCGUGGAGGCGGCCGUCACCAUGGGCUGGGGCGAGUGGGCCGACGCCUUCGUGGGCAUCAACUGCUUCGGCGCCUCGGCCCCGGGGGGCACCUGCAUGGACAAGUUCGGCUUCAACGUCCCGAACGUCGUCGCCUGCGCCGAGCGCUGCCUGAAGGGCGAGAAGGGCGUGCUGUCGGACGGAAGCCAGGGCAAGCACUGAGCGCGCUUUUUGACCACGUUUUCGAAGACCUGCUGAGUGGCUUCCGCAGUCAUCUUCCUUCUCCUGGGAUCGCGGUCCCAGGUGUCCGAACAUGGAGCCUGCCCGAGAACACGCGGCCGGCCCUUUCUCCAGGCUUCACAGUUUUACAGGCACGCUUGACAGGCGGACACCUUCGAUGGCGCUUGGUGCGACCCCUGCUUUCCA